GACACUGGUAGCAAAGGGGGAGGCGUUUGGCUCGGCGAAGACGGGGAGUGAACGAGCAGAGAGGGUGAGAAACCAGCGGAUCUGGCCCUUUAAAUCACCAAUACAGCGCAUUCGGAGAGUCAAGCCAAUGUGAGCUCAGCUGCAGACCAGCUCUGUCGUUUUGACUUGGCAACUGUUUUUCCAGCCGUCCCUGCACCGCUCAGAUCUGCAUCCAGUCCCAUUUGUGUUCAGAGAGAGUCCUGUCUGCCUACCAUCAGUCAGUUUUCUCCUGAGUUGGUGUAUUCUGAUGGAUCAGUAUGUCUACCAAUAAUAAUAUCGCCCAGGCCAGGAAACUGGUGGAACAGCUGAGGAUUGAGGCAGGGAUUGAACGCAUUAAGGUGUCCAAAGCAGCAGCAGACCUGAUGAGUUACUGUGAGCAGCACGCUCGUAGCGACCCUCUGCUGGUUGGGGUUCCCACCUCCGAAAACCCUUUCAAGGACAAGAAGCCCUGCAUCAUCCUAUAGCCGCGCUACGCUCCUCCUGCCAUCACACACAAACACACACACAUUUCACACACACACACACACACACACACACACACACACACACACACACACACACACACACACACACACACACACAUUCAUACAUACUCAUGCACAUACAGACAAACAUCAAUGCACACAUUCAGUACUUAAAUUGAUCCCCAGACACACACACAUCACAUGCAAACACACACUUUAAACCUAUUUAGCAUACACACACACUCCCAAAAUAGCCACUCUGGAAAAGCGCCAUACCCUGGAGCCGCAGCUAGAGGGCAGGUAUCUUGUUCUCUCGGUGGCUGAGAUCAGUAUAUCACUGAGGUGCUUUUGGUAAUAUUCAUAUAUGCUGGUAAAUUAACUACAAGUGUCAGCUUAACUUGAAAAAGAGAUUUGGACAUUAAUAAUCAGUAGGAAACCAGGAUAUUUGUUCCUUGUUUUGUCAUGAAAUGAGGGGUUGGGUAAAGGAUGGACAGCAGUGCCGUAGGCAAGGAGUGGGAGGUUGCAUGUAGGCAACAGAAAUGGGCAGUAGGCGCUCUUGCCGACCAUGCCAAACACAACCUGGUUUCCCAUUAAAAGCUCAAUAAAAGCUUUUUUUGUGAACGUUUUAUAAAGGUUUGAGAGAUUUUCCCACAAACCUGCCAUGUGCUAAAUUACAGCAGCUUAUUUCGGAGCGAGUGGCCAAAGCCUUUGCCUUUAUCAGGCUAGCAUGUUCCCACCCAAACCUGUAUCAACAGACCUUCUCUGCCUGUGGCCUCACUGCAGCUGUCUGCAGCCUUUUGGCCAAACCUCCAGCUGUGCCAACCUGUACAGAAAGUCGUCUCUAGAUGCUGAUCUGCUGUCACCGAUUCCACUGCAGUUUAUUAUGACUGCUGUUGGUUGAAAUCAAUGUCUAAGCUGACCUCAGAUCUGCACCUAUGACGGGAACAUUGUGAACUGCUCUACACAGAACUCAAGCUAUUAACCCUGGACGUUUACUGCAUUUUUCUUAAGAAAUACUUGUUUGUGAACUCAAUGUACGUUUUGAUAUUUUAUUGAAGCAUUACUUAACGGAUUAGAUAAUACUUUUUCUAUUAUUGUUUUGCUUUGACAUAGGUGUUGCCCCUGGCUGAGCAGGUUUUUCUUCCUGUCUGACGUUAAAUGCUAGUAUUAAUGAAACAACAGGAGAUCUGGUUGUAAGCCAGGGGUAAUACCUAACCAGAUACCUGCUAGAAUCUUAAACACAGGUUUCUACUGUACAUCAAGCCUCCCUGUGCUUUACCUUGAGAGAGGGCCAGGUCACAGGCUGACCAUACCUUAGAAUCAGUCUGCAAGGACUGCAAGGCUGGAGGAGUAAACCCAAUCUUAAAAAGUAAAAGUGAAGCUGUAGAAAAGUAGAAAUGAAGCUUUCCAUUUUCUACCUUCUCCUCUUAUGUUUGAUUCUUUUCGAUUGGCAGUUUGCAUAAGGUUAAGUGAAGAGAUAUAUUGCAUUGGAUAAUGCAAAUAUGGAGAUGUUUGUUUUGUUUGCUUCUACAGUAGAGAAGGGGGAUACCUCUGGCUUUAAAUCCGAUUAGAAUUCAUAUGACCUGGCUUUACCAGUCUUUAAAGUUUCCAGUCUCCCAGUUUGAGCUCAAACUGGUCAGGGACUGGAUCGGUCCCAUCUUGAGUUUCCUCUGUCCUCCUCUCCUCCACAAUGCUCCUCCUCUCUGACAAACCAAACUUGAUUGUAAAAGCUGAAGAUAAAGUGAGAAAAAAAAUGAAGUCAAGAGAAACAAACUAAGUGUAUAAACUUUCUUUCAGACGUGCAGAAGUGAUAAGUUGAAGAGUAGCUGUUUUGAGUUUAUUUUUGAGUUUCUUCUUUCUAUGGAGUCCAUGGAACCUGGUCAGUUGAGUAUUACCCUGUACAGUGUUUGUAAGAUGCAAAAUCUAAACACAGAAUCCCUUUCUGUGGAUGUUGGAUUUUUUUUUAGUACUACUUAUUCUGUUCUGUCAGUCACCGUCAUGUCUGUCUUCAUUUCAUCUUUUUUUUGUUAUUCGGGUUUUAGAGGCUUGUGAUAGCGGAGGAUGGUUUUAAACACAGAUACAAAUACAAACACCUGAUAAAAACAAAAGCCCUGUUAAGUUUAGGAUUGUAUCCUGUUAGAGGAUGAAUCAACAUCGGACCUCAUUCCUGUGGCAAAAACCAACCUCCUGAUCUAUACUUUAACACUAGAGCAGCCAUUUUAUUCUCAAGUGUUGGUUUUGGUGGGACAGGCAACUAGGACUACACACAUGCACAUAGCACACACUCUCUCUUGCUGUUAUUUUUUAGGUUUGAUUGUCACAGGUCAAAGGUUAAAGGAGCUGCGGGGCUGGGCACUGAGAACUGCUUUUGAUGGUUAAUUGCUGCAUUUAGCCGAGGCUUUUGUCAAGAGUAAAGUACAGUGAAAGAGCAGGGUGGAGGCAUUUGGGUAGGACUUAUGGCUGCUGAUGGACUGUCAGGGGAGUUGAACCCACUGCUUUUCUGUCUCUUAUAACUUGGUCAAUAUGAGCCACCUGCUGCACUGACAUUUGAGGUUGAGAGGCGAUCACUUGUUUGUGUGCACGCAGUCUGAAAAACAGACGCCUUGUAAAAAUACCCACAUCAAAAAGUAAGUUAGUGGUGUAUUUAGUCUAGAAGUGUUAUUUUCUUUAUACAAAAUUUAAAGCUUAAUUUUUCUGCAUUUUUGUGACAGAAUGAAAAUAUUUUAAAAUUAGAUGCCCAUGACCAAUUUGUGAACUUGUCUUUAAAAGAAUAGUUUGACAUUUUGGGACAUACGCUUAUUCACUUACUUGAUGAGAGAAGAUUGAUACCAAUCUCAUAUUUAAUGAAAGUGAUACUGAUCUUCUCAUCUAACUCAGCAAGAAAGCAAAUAAGCGUUUUCCUGAAAAUGUGAAAACUAUUUCUAAAUCAAGGUUGAAUUGCUAAUUAACAUCACUGCUUGUUUACUGUAGGCGAUGGAUCCUGGUACAGAGCCCUGCUUCAUCUCUCAUUUGCCUUUGUUCCGAACACAGAGAGCAGGCAGUUCCUAAAGUACAGAGAGAGCAGGAGCUGGAGAAAGGCCAUAGAGAGAGCUGAGACUGUGUGUGUGUGUGUGUGUGUGUGUGUGUGUGUGUGCGUGCGUGCGUGCAUGUGUGUGGGGGUGCCGGGUGCUAGUGUUUGGUGGCUGAAAAGGAUGAUUUGGCAGAGCAGUAGGCAGAGAAGAGAAAAUAGAAGUGCAUGUGUGUGCAUUUUUGAGUGUGUAUUUGUUAGAGAGGCACAGUGUGUAAGAACACACAGUGCCUCCAGUGCUGUGCAGAGUGUCACAUAGUUAUGUUACAGUACUGCAGCCCUGCCAUUCCAGGUCAGGGUGAGUCUGACCAGAGGAGAGGUCAUGAGUCAGAGCAGCAUGUAUGGUCUCCACUCACUCUUUUCAUCUGUCAGAUGCUAGUGUGCUCAUUCUGGAGAAGAGAAAACAAGGAUUCUGUCACAAGCUAAAAUCGUUGAAGCGUGGGAAGCCAUUUUUAUGUGAUGACCAAAAAUAACCCCAAACAACCCACAAAGCUGACAAAUAAUUUCUUUUUCUGUUUAGCUCUGUCUGUGACUGACUCCACUACUACUACUAUUAUAUUAACUGCAGUUUAUUUUCACCACUCAAUAAAGCCUCAGAGACUUUAACAAAUAGUUUGACAUUUUGGGAAACAUGCUGAUUCGCCUUUUGCAGAGGGUUAGAUGAAAGGAUUGAUAUCACUCUCAUAUUUAUCUGAUCAAUAUGAAGCUAAAGGUGGCAGCUAGUUAGCUUAUACUUAGCUUAAAGACUUGAAGCAGGGGGAAACAGCUAGCCCGGCUCUGUCCAAAGGUUGUUACCUCUAAAGCUCACCAAUUAACAGGAAAUAUCUCAUUGAAAUAUUGUUGAAUCAUCAUCAUUGUGAAGUUGCUAGGCAACCAACAGAUGCUCCACGUUUCUAGUCUAUGCUAAGCUCACCAGCUUCUGACUAGAGCGUCAUAUUUAGCAAACAGACAUGAAAGUGGUAUCAAUCUUCUCAUCAAACUCUCAGCAAUUAUUGUAUUAGGAGUAUUUCCCAAAAUGUCAAACUAUUCCUUUAAAUUAAAUAAAAUCCCUUUAUCUAAAUCUGUAGAGAUAAUUGAAGAGAUGGUUUGACCUGAUUGAGGUUGAUAUGGAUGGUGGUCUUUUCAUCACUAAAACAAAAACAAGGAACAAGCUAAAGAAAUGGCUACAAACAGAAACCUGAGUGCAAACUGCAGUGACAGGUAGGAAGUAAUUUAGAACUAGGUAUCUGGGAUACGUUUACUUUCCCCAUAAUUUCAACUAAUGUAAACUUAAAGCUAUAGUGCGCAAGUAUUUGACAUUAAUGAACGUCCAUUACAUUCAAGCCAUUGCCAAAUGAGUUGAAACAAAGCUAAUUAAGCCUAUCAGCUCCAGAAAACUCUCUCUGCAUUUCUCAGCAUGGCUAUGUUUACAAAAUGGUGUAGUCCGGUGUAAUUUGCACGCAGAAGCUUUGGAGACAAUGAUGACAUACAAAUUACAAGAUAAUAACCUCUUCUGAAGAUGUUUUUUAAUCCUCCGUGUUAGCAACUGUGUGGAGGAGGGGUGGGGGUGCGAUCACCGAAGGCUUGUAUCAUGUGGAUGCUCCGACAGUGUUGUUGUCAUUACUUAGAAUUCCUCAUGGGGGCGACAGAAACUACGCACCAUAGAGGAAAUAACUGAUUUGUUGUCAGUGUUCAGGAAAGGAAAAGCAGUUUCUUGUAAUUUCUUUGCAAGGUGCAGCCAAAGGAUUACAACUGCAGAAGAUUUACACAACAUAAAACCAGCAUGCAUACAUAUCAGCACGCACACGCACAUACACACACUGCUGUUGUCCUGGAGAUGUCUGACAGAUGCUUUUUUUUAUCAUUGUUGUUUUUUAAUCAUUCCAUAGCUGGUUGGGCUUAAAUCAGAGACGGCCAGCCUAAAUUGCUGACAGUUUGUCUGAUUGGUUGUUAGUUUGCCUUAUAGUGGCGUAUAUUGUUUUAAUGCUGGUUUUGGGGAUAUCCGAUCAACAGAAUAAACAGUGUUAAAGUAGAACAUGUGGCUCAAGAUGGAAAUCUACUGGUGUUGUGACACAAAGCGAGCCCGGUGAAAUUUAUUUCAGGUCAGGUGGGGAAAGUUGAGGCUCCUCACUGGUAGACUUUGAAAUUCAACCUCACUGAAUCGGCUCUGAGCCCUUCCCGAGACUCAUCUUUUGUGUUCUCAUCUCCUGUGUAUGCAUACAGUAUAUGUAUCUUUUUGCCUUGAUUGAUUAUGAAGAAAAUAUAUCUAUUUUUUGUAACUGUUCUCUGAUGUGCCAUAACUCAUGUUUUCUUGCACACUGUUAAUAUUUUGUGGAUAUUGCUGUUAAAAAGAUGAUAUUGAGAAGUAGAUAACAUUAAUAAAAAGAUGAUAUAACAA